AUGUAUUUUAAAUUCGGGUCUGGAAAACAAACUCGUUGCACUAGACGAGAGAUUAAUUGCUGGUCUAAACAAGGCCAGAUCGAGUGUCGAGAGGACAAACACUCAGCUAAAAUCAACGUGCGCGAUGAAAGGCACGGUGGAAGAGAUGCGGGCUGUCAAUUAGUUGACGCUAUGAUACAUGCGACUCAUUCGACAGAACUCGAUGUCAAUUUAGAAUGCAAUGACAAGGAAAAUGGAUUGUUUGUUAGCGCAACACUCUAA